GCGAGCGGCAGCGACGGAAAGGAGGCCAAGAGCGCAGGCGGCGAGGUAAGAUGGCGGCAACCAAGAGGAAACGGCGUGGAGGCUUUGCAGUUCAGGCGAAGAAGCCAAAAAGCAACGAAAAAGAUGCGGAGCCGCCAGCUAAGCGGCACGCCACAGCAGAGGAGGUGGAGGAAGAGGAGAGGGACCGGAUCCCAGGCCCCGUUUGCAAGGGAAAGUGGAAAAAUAAGGAACGGAUUCUCAUCUUUUCUUCCAGAGGAAUAAAUUUCAGAACAAGACAUUUAAUGCAGGACUUGAGAAUGUUGAUGCCUCAUUCUAAAGCAGAUACUAAAAUGGAUCGUAAGGAUAAGCUCUUUGUGAUUAACGAGGUUUGUGAAAUGAAGAACUGUAAUAAAUGCAUCUAUUUUGAAGCUAAGAAAAAACAAGAUCUCUAUAUGUGGCUUUCAAAUUCACCUCAUGGACCGUCUGCUAAAUUCCUUGUUCAAAAUAUUCAUACUCUCGCUGAACUAAAGAUGACAGGAAACUGUUUGAAAGGUUCUCGGCCCCUUUUGUCUUUUGACCCUGCUUUUGAUGAAUUACCACAUUAUGCUUUAUUAAAAGAACUCUUAAUUCAGAUCUUUAGUACACCACGGUAUCAUCCCAAAAGCCAACCAUUCGUGGACCAUGUGUUUACUUUCACCAUUUUGGAUAAUAGGAUAUGGUUUCGGAACUUUCAGAUCAUAGAAGAAGAUGCUGCUCUUGUAGAAAUAGGACCUCGUUUUGUCUUAAAUCUCAUAAAGAUUUUCCAGGGAAGUUUUGGAGGACCAACUUUAUAUGAAAAUCCUCACUACCAGUCUCCAAACAUGCAUAGGCGUGUCGUAAGAUCCAUCACAGCUGCAAAAUACAGAGAGAAACAGCAAGUGAAAGAUGUGCAAAAACUGAGGAAGAAAGAGCCGAAGACUCUUCUUCCACAUGAUCCCACUGCAGAUGUUUUUGUAACGCCAGCUGAGGAGAAACCAAUAGAAAUACAGUGGGUAAAACCAGAGCCAAAAGUUGAUUUGAAAGCAAGAAAGAAACGGAUUUACAAAAGGCAAAGAAAAAUGAAACAGAGGAUGGACAGUGGGAAAACAAAAUAAGUCAAUGGAAACCUGAUUUGUUUUUCAGUUACCUUAUAUUUAUUUUGUAUUCAAUGUGUAAAUACUUCUAUUAUCUAAUACUAUCUUAUGUCUAAUUAGUGUAGCAUUUAGAAGAAAGAAAAAUUAAGAUCUUAAAAUUAGUGAUUAUCUUUUUCUAAAUAAAAUAUCACCAGAAUUCAUCAGUUAA